UAUUCCAGAUAUAAUUGCAGACAGGAAUUUCAGAUCCACGAUGACCUCUUCAGAACAAACUACAAAGUGGGCCGGAUAUCAGACUCAAUGCCUGAACACUACUUGGUACAGGGUGAGUUCUUCAUGGUCCAGGACGUGUACAGCAAGGCUGACGUCCUCAACACUACAGGCAGCUACGGAGCGCCAAACUACCGCCAGGUGAAAGGAAGCUACCCGCUGUACGGCAUGGGCCAGCCCAGCCUGAAUGGCUUCAAACAGGUCCUCCAAAGACUACAGAGUCAAGGGCAUGAGGAGGUGAUGUUCUUCUGUGUGCGUGAGGAACCGGUGCUGUUCCUGCACCUGGAGGAGAACUUUGUUCCAUACACUCCGCGGAGGAAGGAGAACCUCCAUGAGAAUCUCCAUGGCCUGGACAAGGAGGAGACGGUGGAGACCCUGGAGCUCACCAUCAGGAAGGAGCUCCACGACUUUGCCAAGUUGAACGAUAACGUAUUCUACGUGUAUAACGACAUCGAGCACUUCAAGGGCGAGCCUCAGCGGAGGACCAUCACCUGCGAGGAGGACAUCCAGGUCACAGAGGAGGUCUACAGGAGACCUCUGUUCACCAUGCCUCUCUACAGGUACUACCGGCUACCACUACCGAUGGAGGGAGCACCUCUAGAGGAGGAUUUUGAUGCCUUUGUUACUGUUCUCAGGGAGAGCCCCAACCUGUCUUUGAGAAGGGACGUUUCCAGGCCUCUGCCUGCCCUGUUGUUCAGCUGUCAGGUGGGGGUAGGGCGGACCAAUCUAGCCAUGAUCCUGGGGACCCUGGUCCUCAACCACCUGAAGACAACCCAGGAACCACCACAAGCGGAAGAGGCAGAAGCCAAGCCCCUGUUCCAAGUCAUUCAGAGCCUCAUCAACAGACUACCUGAAGGCCAACAGGUCAUGGAAGAGGUUGACCAAGCGAUCGCUCUGUGUUCAGAAAUGCACAACAUAAAAGAAGCGAUGUAUGAAAAUAAGAAGAAGCUUGAAGCCAUCGGAGAUGAUUAUCAAAUUCAGGGAAGCACGACCAAAGACUACUACUACUUUCCACAGAGCCAUCCAAGCCUGGAACGUUAUUUCUACCUGAUUGUGUUCAACGCGUACCUUCAUGAACAGUAUUCUCUUGGCUUUGCGUCCAACUUCAGCCAGUGGCUGUGUGCUCACCCCUGGGUGUACCGCCUGCUGGCCUGUAUGGACCUAUCAGAACUCUCCGCUCCGCCUGAUCUCGUCACCAAGGGAGCCCGCGUUCUGGUUGCUCACGAGUACCUGUCUCCAGACAUACUCAGCACAGUGAAGGAGAUGAAGGUGGCUAACUUCAGAAGAGUCCCCAAGAUGCCUGUCUACGGCAUGUCACAGCCUACAUCAGAGGCGACGGGUGCUGUGUUGACCCACCUGACGGAUGAGAAGAGGAAGUACAGCCACGUCCUGUGGGUCAACCUGCAGGAGGAGCUGGUUCUGGAGGGGAACGGACAGAUCUUCACCCCCAGAGAGCCGUCCUGUAUGGGGCAACACAUCCCUGUCCCCGCCACAGACCCCACGCAGAUAGAGAAACUAGAGACCGCCCUGGGAGAGGAGGUUCAGAGAGCCCAGAAGUGGCUGGAGGUGACUCUGGAGCAGGAGAAACAGAUGAAGAUGUUGAAAAGCUGUCUGACGGUCCAGGAGGUGUUCAAGCAGUACCAGAGAACACACCAGGGACUGUUCUAUAGACGUAUCCCUCUGGCAGACUGCUGCGCCCCCAAGGAGGAGGACUUUGACCAGCUCUUGGAGGCCAUGAAGACGACCUUGGCAGAGGACUCUCACUCAGCCUUCGUGUUCAACUGCUCCAACGGCAAGGGAAGGACCACCACGGCCAUGGUCAUAGCUGCUCUCACUGUCUGGCACUUCAAUGGCUUUCCUGAGUUUGGUGACGAUGAGAUUGUCAGUGUUCCUGAUGCCAAGUACACGAAGGGAGAAUUCAAGGUGGUGAUGCAGCUAGUCAGACUACUGCCGGACGGCCACCAGAUGAAGAGGGAGGUGGACAUGGCUCUGGACUCAGUUAGCGAGACCAUGACCCCCAUGCAUUACCACCUCAGAGAGAUAAUCAUCUGUACCUACAGACAGAUUAAAAGUGGUAAGAGUGAGAAGGAGGUGCAGCAGCUGCUUCUGAAGAGUGUCCAGUAUCUGGAGCGGUACAUGUACCUGAUCCUCUUCAACAGCUACCUGCAUCUGGAGAAGAAAAACUCCUGGCAACGAUCCUUCACCACCUGGAUGCAACAGGUGGCAGCCAGGGCCGGGGUGUACGACCUUCUCAACCAGCUGGGUUUCUCCGAGUUUGAGAACCUUCGGGACACGCCACUUGCCAGGCUCCGCUGCCGGUGGCAACGACAGAACAUCCAAUCACGUCCCUUCAGGGGGGCGUUGAUCUGAGCUGAGGAGAGAUCACUGUGAACCGCCAGACUAUGGCUGCUUCUGAAGUGCUACUCUAUUCCCUGUAUAGUUCACUACUUUUGACCAGGGCCCUCUGCACUCUAAAGGGACUAGGGUGCCAUUUUAUACAACCUAUGUCCUCCUGUGCUUUUUUUUUAUUUAAUUUUUUAUAUAUAUACCUUUAAAAUGCUAAAAUGCUUUUGUAUUUUGAAAUGUAAUAAUGCUUUGUAUUUUUCCCCUCGUAUCACUCUGAUACUCUAUUAUUAUAAUACUGCCUGUUUUCAAACCCACUACCAAUGUUAUUUAGUAUUUGACUGGAUGUUUCAGGGCCGUCAGUCGGUAUUUCCUGGUUCUGAUGCUUCUGCUCUGACUGCCGCACAGAUUCUAGCUGACAUUUUACGUCUCAUUUGCUCUAUUGUUCCAUUGUUAAUAUAGGAGAAUGAAUUAUUAUGUUAUGUUAAGGUUAGUUUGAGGUUAAGGUUAGUUUGAGGUUAUCUUAGACACCACCUUAAUCAGAAGACAGUAUUAGUAUUAGUCUGUACUAGAACGUAUUGGAACGUUUCUCCAGUUUUAAAAUAGAGUUGAGACUACAGACUUUUAAAACAAACAGCUUCUUUGUUUAGAUGGAAUACAUUUCUGUUACCUUUAAUCAACAUCCAGUAUCAGUGUCUCCAAGUCCACUUCCAGGUAUUCGUUUGCCAAACUGCUGUAGAUGCCGCCAAAGCUACGCUUCUGCUCUGUGUUUUACUGCUGUUUGUAUGUGUCUCCGUCCUCACUUCUUCACAGCGGUUUCUCCUCUCAUUAAACGGUUCAUCUGCGUCAGGUUCAUC